ACACUUGACUGUGAGAGCCAAGAGUACACACACAUAGAUACACAUAACUGUGUGUAUCUAUGUAAUGUAAUAAAUGUGUGAUUCCCUUGAGCUUGUUGGUGGGCUUAUAAAAAGAGAGGAAAGAGGUCUUGGGACUUUUCUUCCUUAAAGAUCCAACUACAGUUAAAAAAGAUUGACAAAAGUGAUCAGUGAAUUCAUUACAUUAAUUAAUGGAAGAACAACUCAGCCAAUUAGCUGUCACUCAUCUCCUUCAACACACCUUGAGAAGUCUUUGUAAUCAUGAAACCUCCCAAUGGGUUUAUGCUGUUUUCUGGAGGAUCUUGCCCAGAAACUAUCCUCCUCCCAAAUGGGAUAGCCAAGGAGGAGCUUAUGAUAGGUCAAGAGGAAACAGGAGGAACUGGAUAUUGGUUUGGGAAGAUGGUUUCUGCAAUUUUGAGGCCUCCACUGCAGAGAUAGAGCCUAGUGAGUGUCCAAGUGAUUACGGUAACCAUGUUUAUCGCCCGUACCAAGGUCUGCAACCGGACCUGUUCUUUAAGAUGUCGCAUGAAAUCUAUAAUUACGGUGAAGGGUUGAUUGGAAAAGUUGCUGCGGAUCAUAGUCACAAGUGGAUUUACAAGGAACCGAAUGAACAAGAGAUUAACUUCUUGUCUGCAUGGAAUAAUUCAGCUGAUUCACAACCUAGGACUUGGGAGGCUCAGUUCCAGUCUGGUAUCAAGACGAUAGCCUUGAUUGCGGUUAGAGAAGGUGUUAUUCAAUUAGGAUCCACUCACAAGGUUAUCGAGGACUUGAGCUAUGUUGUGUUGCUGAGGAAGAAGCUGAGCUAUAUUGAGAGCAUUCCCGGAGUACUACUACCGCACCCUUCCUCAUCUUCUUAUCCGUACAAAUUAGAUCAUCCUGGUUAUGGAGGCAGCUCGACUCCAGAUCAGGCGUGGCAGUUACAUCAAGGCGGCAACUCAGCACAUCCCCCGGACUUCUACCACCAUUUUAUGAACCAUCCUCUUUGCAUAACUCCUUCGAUGAGCAGCCUUGAAGCACUUCUUUCCAAGCUCCCAUCUGUUGUGCCUUCGGGUUCAUCACCACAACUCAUGUCCGCGUAUUCUGAAGCUCAGGCUCAAGCUCAAGCGGAGGCUCAUGCACAGUUUAUGUCGUCGAAUAAUAGAAUGGCGAUGGAGUUUAUGGGUGGUCAUGGUAACGAAAAAGUGACCAAAGAAGAGAUAAACGUCGAUAAUGAUGAUAAUUAUGAGGACGAUGAGAACAAGUAUAACAAGGAUAUGGGAGAGAGUAGCAGUUCAAUGGCAUCGUAUCGACAGCAUGAAAAUUUCAGCAGUUACCAUCACGAUUUGAAUGUAACGACGAGCAUGCCUAGCAGUGGAUACUAAUUAAUUUAGCUUCGAAUAUUAUCGAUUAUGCACUGUGUGUACGUUCUUAAUUAUGAUCAUCUGUACUCCAGUAUCAUUAGUUUUUGUGUUAAUAAUAAAUGUUUUCUUCAA